AUGGACCCCUUCUUCGCCGACGACGACGGCGGCGCCGCCGACGACCUCCACCGCACCGCCUCCCACCCGUUCGACGACGCCGAGGACGACGACGGCUCCGCCGCGGCCGGGGCCGACGGCGGCGCGGGAGGGUACGCCCCCUUCGCGGACGCCGGGUACGGCUCCUUCGCCGACGCCGGCCCCGAGGAGGAGGAGGAGGAGGAGGAGGCGGUGGACGAGGAGAUCGCCGCCGACUCCGCCGUCCCGGUCCGCCACGUCUCCGGCGGGUACGCCCCCGCGGCCUUCUUCCCCGACUCGGACUUCGGGGGCGGGGGCGACGACGGCGGGCCCGUCCUGCCGCCGCCGGCCGAGAUGGGCCGGGAGGAGGGCGCCCUCCUCCGCGAGUGGCGCAGGCAAAAUGCUCUAGUUCUCGGGGAAAAAGAACGGAAGGAGAAGGAGCUACGCGCCCAAAUAAUUGCAGAAGCUGAAGAGUUCAAGAUAGCUUUCAAUGAGAAGAGGAUACAGACCUGUGAGACGAAUAAGGUCCAUAGCAGGGAAAGAGAGAAGAUCUUCGUUGAAAGCCAGGAGAAAUUCCAUGCUAGCGCAGACAAGCAGUACUGGAAAUCAAUCUCGGAGCUCAUCCCACAUGAAAUCGCUACCAUCGAGAAGCGGGGCAAGAAAGACAAGGACAAGAAGCCAUCCAUCGCAGUCAUUCAGGGCCCCAAGCCCGGUAAGCCCACCGACCUCUCCCGGAUGCGCCAGGUCCUAGUGAAGCUCAAGCAUGCUCCUCCACCGCACAUGAUGCAACCUCCACCAGCCCCUGCUGCCAAGGAAGGCGCCAAGGAAGGUGCGAAAGACGGCGCGCCAGCACCAGCAAACGGAGCCAAGCAGCCCGCAGAGAGCAAAGAAGCACCCGCCAACGGCCCUGCCGCAGAGACGGAGAAGGAGCAGCCCGCAGCAUCAGCAGAGUAG